UCACUGUCCUAUAGGCAGAGCUCAGUUUUGGUUUUCAGUCUGAAAUUAGUUUUGAACGUCAACGAAACGUUCGACGCACAGCGUUCAGCGUUGGCAGCUUGACGGAUCGUCUAAAUAAGUGCACUUCAUUUUCGAAGUAUUUACAAUAACAUCAUAUAAAAAAGAAACAUAAACAACCCACCAAAAUGUCGAAACCAGUACCAAUGUCAACAUCUAAUACUGAAAAUGACCUACAAAAUCUUCGCAAACCGGAACCAUUUAGUUUCAGUGAUUUUCUAUAUAAUCCCGAGAAGGGUACAGUUAUGGGAAGAGAUCGUAAAUCAUGGGCUAAAAUCGGCACGUUUUAUUUUGCUUUCUAUGGAGUUCUUGGUGCACUUGUUGCCAUUUGCAUGUGGGCAUUCUUUCAGACAUUAGACCCACGAAUACCGAAAUGGACAUUGGAUAGUUCAAUCAUUGGUACAAAUCCAGGUCUUGGAUUUCGUCCUCUGCCACCAGUUGAUAAUGUGGAGAGCACAUUGAUUUGGUAUAAGGGCACACAACACGAGAACUAUAAGCAUUGGACAGACUCAUUAGAUGAUUUUCUUGCAGUGUACAAAGUGCCCGGAUUGACUCCUGGACGUGGACAAAAUAUUUACAACUGCGACUACAAUCAACCACCACCAAAAGGGCAGGUGUGCGAUGUAGAUAUCAAGUCAUGGUCUCCAUGUACUAAGGAGAAUAACUACAGUUAUCACAAGAGCUCCCCAUGCAUUUUUCUCAAGCUAAACAAGAUAUACGACUGGAGGCCCGAUUUUUACAAUAGUUCGCAGGAUUUGCCAGCUGCCAUGCCCGAAAAUUUGAAGACGUACAUUGCCGAUAUCGAAAAGAAGGAGGCACACAAACUUAACACAAUUUGGGUCUCUUGCGAGGGAGAGAAUCCGGCUGAUCAAGAGAACAUUGGCCCAGUCAACUAUUUGCCCAUUCGCGGCUUCCCAGGUUAUUUCUACCCAUACCAGAACUCAGAAGGAUAUUUGAGUCCCCUUGUUGCCGUGCACUUUCAGCGCCCGAAACGGGGCAUUAUUAUCAACAUCGAAUGCAAAGCCUGGGCACGCAACAUUGUUCACGAUCGCAAGGAAAGAAUCGGAUCGGUACACUACGAGCUUUUGAUCGAUUAAUGAGAGACUAAAGAAAGGCAAGAAAAUGUUAGUAACUAAUAGAUGUUUACUCUAUUGUCUCUAAUAGUCAGAAUAUAAUAACAAACACAACACCAUAUUUAUAUUUUUCCUAAGAACUACAAAUAACAUCAAAAACACAACUUUGCUAUUAUUAUACAUAUGCAUAUAUACCACCAAGAUAAAAAUCGAGUUUGAUAAAUGCAAAAAGAAAAUUUUUUUUGAUAAUGCAAUCUUUGAAUACAACUCCUUUUUAAAUUAUACAAAACGCUAAAUUAAAUGUAAGCUAAUUACGAAUCUCAUUAAGAAUGGUUCCAUGCUAUAACUGUUUUACGUGUUAUUGCUUAUUUAAAUUAACAUUUAAAAAAAUACAAAAACGGAGGCAAACUAAAAAUAAAUUAAAUUUGAAAAUGAUAAUAAAACUGCCAUUUAGAAGUGGAAAUUUGUACAAGAAAGCUAAAUUCUUGUUGAAUGUACUCUUCAAUUAUAGUUAUGUGAAAUCCACUCCAAACAGGAAACCGAAUUAUAAUAAUAAUUUAUUAUUAUAACAGGAGUUCACAUAUUUAAAGUUAACAAAGUAAAUCGUUUCGACCAAGAGAUGUACAACUUAGAUCUACAGUUCAACUUCAAUUUGGGAGCCAACAAAAUUUUCCAAAAAGAGUGAAACCAAAAAAAUUUAAAUGCAUAAAAUACAACAAUUUUAUACACAAUAUUUAUAUACAGUAUCCUACGAAGAAUAUUUUAAUCUAUUUACAAAGAAACAUAAAUAAAAGAUGCAAGUCAAAUGAAAUGUAUAACAAUCAACUCAAUAAAAAAAAAAAAAACAAAAAUUUCACUUUGUGUUUAGUUUAUUUAACUAAGAUUUUUUAGAAUAUCUAAGAGUCGUAUCGUAGAUCUUUUGAAAAUAAUAAUAAAGCGUAUAACCCCAAAUCCGCGUUAUACUCCCAUUGAAUUCAGAAUUUUGGACAAGCGUCAUAUAAUUAUGAAACUACAUUCAAGCACUUACGUGGUCAUAUGCUAUUGUCAUAUGUUACUGUCAGAUAAGAUAGGCAAUAUUACCUAAUAAAGUAGACACAUUCGCAACCAAGAUAAAAAUCAGGUCAAUGAAUAGAUAAGAGCUCUUAUAGAGUGAGUUCUUAUACUUUCUGAAAGACUGAUUCUUUGUCAUUUCUUUAUCUCUUCCAAUGUAGUUCUGUUUCAUGAAUGCACUUAGUAAUUUUCAAUAGACCUCAGCGGCGAUUAUUAUUUUUACUUCAUUAGAUUUUUUAGAAGGGAUAAUACGACGAGGAAAUCGAAUUGGACGAAUUACGAACAUUUAUUAUUUGCUAACAAAUAUAUUUGGGAAAUACUCCAAGAAUUCCAGGUCCGCAGCCCAACUUUUUUUUUGCUUAAAAAAUUUGGUAUCCAAAUCUUUAUUUGACUUUAUUGACUAACUUUUAAGUAGAAUAUUACAAAAACUAGGUAACGAAUCGAAUUUAUAUUUUUGGGGUAAUUGAUAUAUUCAUUAAAUAUAUGUACAUAUCCCAAAACAACGUGUUGCUUGCUUUGGGUUGGUUCAGGUAAAUUGCUAAAUCAAUUUUAAUUUUUCUGUUUUUUUGCCACUUUGGUAGGCAAUAAUAAAAUAUCCACUUAAUUUUUUUAUACUUAAUUUUUCAUUGUAUCCGCUGAAUGGCAGCGCCGACAACAAAAACUGGCAAUAAAAGAAAAAAUUGGUUUUGUGCACAAACUAACAUGGUAUUUAUUGACAAAGAUUCAAAACCGCUGAUAACCCAAAAAAUGCGAAAAAUUGUUGAAAAAUAGUUUUUAAUUGUUUGGUUUCAGUUUUAUAUGGUAAAAACAAAAAGUUAAUUAAAAUAGAAAUGUUUCCCAAAUAUUAACUUUGAUAACAAAAAUGUGUUUGCUGGCAUAAUUUAAAAAAUUGUAUCCCGGACUUAGCACUAAUAGUAAUGUAAUAUAAUGCAAAUAUUGUGUUCAACAUUUUCAUGCGUUGAUAGUUUAAAGAAAGAAUAGAUCAGUCAAUACAGAACAUCAAAAAAGAUUUAAAUUUCCGGAGUUGAGACAUGUUGCCAGGUAGUGGCAAGAGAAGAGUACAUCAUAAAUUUCCUGAAAUCAGGUUUCAGCUUGGAAAAAAGACGACAUUUUAAAAAUAUAAUAAUAGUAAACCAAUGACAGAUAAUAAUGAGCAUAGCUUAAUGAUUUACGGUUUUACAAUCAAAAUUAAGGAAUUUUGUAAACUUUCAAGACCAAUAGUUAUAAGUUUUUAAUAUUUUGACAAUAAUAUUAAUCAGGCGUGCUCCGGUAUUCACUUUUCGUUUUCGUUUUGGGAACAAACCUAGAUUUUCGUUGUUAGGUGGUCCAGUUUUCACAUUUUUGUUUGUCAUCGUUUUUCUAUCGGAACGUUUCACUUCUUACUGCUGACUUGUGUUUUGGUCAGAAACUUACAUUAAAAAAAAAAUCAGUGGAUGGAGCUAUUAAUUUUAGUGAGACCGUUUUUAUAUCAACGUUUGUUUGAUUAAAUUUGGCUUUGCUCUUGGUUGGUCCCCAUUCAAACUUAUACAUAUGAAAGGGCCUCCGCUUAGUACGUUUCCGCUUUUAUCGAAAAACCGAUUAUACCGACAAAAUUUUUAACAAUUCAACUGGAUAUUGCAAUGAGGCAAAGAAAAACAAAAAAUAAAAAUACUGCGAAAUAUUGCCAUCAAAUUUAAGCAUCAACGACGCUGUUGGAAAUGUACAUACAUAUGUACAUAUGCAUUUAUCAGUAAUCGGCACACUUGCUUGUGUGCGUAGCAGCGACACAAAGGUUCUUACAUUCUCAGUCUCUCUCUCUCUGCUCUCGCCUUAUGGUAAGCUAAAGCUUAUGAAUAUGCAUGUAUACUACUUAUUAUGAAAAAAUCAUGUAUGUAAUUGAAUUAAAUUUGUUACAUUUUUUGUUUUGAUUAAAAAAUUAUUUUAUUUUUAUUUUAAAACCCUAUUACGAACAUGGCAACCAUAAAAUAAACAAAAAAAAAAAACAAUUUGUUUUGUUCCUUUUGGUUAGUGGGUCUUCCGGCUAUUACGACGUAUAAUCGUCGGUCCCAUGAAAGUCGCUAUAAUCGCUAUAAUCAGUAUUUAUUAGCAAAAUACCAGUUAAUAGUUUAGUUUAUUGUAAAUUACAACAAGUUAUCCCAAUAAUGUCAAAAGAUUGUCUAUUCGUAUUGUUUAUGAGAAAUGUACAUUCCACUAUCUCAGAUAUCGAUACCUUUUAUUCUGUUAAUUUAUGACGACUUCCCUUUGUUUUCUACAUAUGUAUGUAUGUGAGAGCCUUCGUAUUUCGAAAAAUGUUCCCAUUUUUAUGUGUGUAUACUUUAAGUAUACCGAAAAAAAAUACCAUUAAAAAUGACAAAUUCUAAACUCUACAAAUUUGAUAUUAACUUAGAAACUAUUGUGAGAUGCGAUUUUGAACUGGAAAUUUCUAUGCAGAUUUCAAAAGCUUUCGUAUAAACAAACGUAAUGAAUUAAAACAAAUAUAUUAAUAAAUAUAUGUAUUUACCCCAAUUAUUUGAAAAUUUAAUUACCUUUCGGGAAUUAGCGUUCCUAUAGAAUAGGCUAGAUAUUACUGAACUACACCAAAUCAAAGUGAUGGACAAAGUCUAUCUCAUCUCUGUGGCACCUAUGUUAAAAUAUCCCAAAGUUCGUUUUCCGUUAGAAAAUUGGGUGAACUAGAAUGUCAUAUGUUCAGAAUAUGCCUUAAGUUAUUCGAGGAGGCCACCGAAAUCUCUGAAGAUUUUGACCUACGGUGCCACAGAACGUUGUUUUAUUUUAAUGUUUUUCCGGAAAACUUGAACGGCAAAUAAAAUAUUUGACUUCUCUUCAGAAACAAAAGUUUAUAAUAUAUAUAUAUAUAUGUAUGUAUGUACAUAGUUUGCUUUGCUACACAAAUUUUAAAAAAUGCGUAUAUUAAAAAUGCAUAAUUGAAAAAUUUCGUUAUCUUUUAUACGAAGUUUUCAACUUACAUAAUAUUGGUAAAGUAAUAGCAAAUACAAUGAAAAGUAAUGAAAUUUUUGGCGCUUUAUGUAGUUUUUCAAAAAUAUUAUGGACACUGCCAACAUUGUUACAUAAUAACAAAAGGAUAUGAUGGAGUAACUUGUUGUAAUUUACAAUAAACUAAAUUAUUAACUUAUAUUUUGCUAAUAAAUACUGAUUAUUUUGAAUAUAUGAAUGUAUAUAUUUUCUUUUGUUAAAUUAAGGAAUAGCACGAAAUAAGCUUUUGUGACUUUGGGCAACUCAUUUGUUAGAGACGUUACGUUUGUGCACGGUAACAGCGAAUGGUGAGUUGAAAGGGAAGUGCAUAAAGAUUUGGUAUGAACCAAAGAUAUGAAUUAAAACAAUUGUAUUGAAAAAUAUGUUUAUCCCAAUAAUUUUCGAUCUAGAGCAAAUCAAAAAUACGAUUUGAAAAUCGUUUCCAUCUAAGAUCUCAUUUGGAAUCUGGUUGGUUAUGGUUUCUGAUUGUCAGCAUCACUUUGAUCACUUUGGAGGAACUGCUAUCGGACUAACAACUAAUUAGCGGAGUAUAUUAAAAUCAUCUAAAAAUUAGUAAAGUAGACAGAUCAAAUCUAUUACUUAAAUGAUAGAUAAACAAACACAGUCAAGUGCGCUCGACUGUCCUACCUAUUUUAAAUAAAAACAAAACACAUACAUGUAUGUACUAUGUACAUAUAUCAUGUAAGAGUCUAGUGCGAAAACGGUAUAAUAGCUCAGAUGCAUCACUGCCAUGAAUAUUUUCAACCAAACCAAUUAAGUCAGUGCUGCAGCACCUGGGUUUCAUACAUAUUGUAUUAGAACAGACAUUAGAGUUUCGUCCCAGCUGUUGACGCUGAUCGAGAAUUGAAAUUGUUCUUUAUUACGGGGAUAUGUACAAAUAUGUACCUCUUUCUGUAUGUACCACAUAUUCAACAUAUGUACAUAUGUAUGUAUACUAUUACAUAUUUAACGCCCGGAUCAGAUAUUUUAUGUUUUAUUAUUACAAAAGUACAUAUGGGUGUGUAUACCUACAUACAUACAUACAUGUAUGUACAUAUGUACAUAAGUUUGUAAGAAGUCACUUAAGUCACUUAAUUUCCAAUCAUUUGCACUCUCGGAAAUGUUUAAUUAUGUGAAUUAAUACAUUUUACAUUUUAAUACAUUUAUGACAGUGAACAUCUGCAUGCUUACAUAUUUUCAUAUGUUUCAUACAUACAUACGUACAUAGAUUCAUAGAGAACAUUUUACAACAAGAAAUACUUUCAGAUUGACAAAAUAACAAGUUAUUUGUACAAAUUUACACACAAGAUAAACAGGUUCACACAUGCAUACAUACAUAUGUACAUAUUCCAUUGCAUGUGCGAUGCAUAUAUGUAUGAACACAUGUCAUCUCUUUUUUUUAAUUUAGAUUGGCACGAAUAGUUGAUUAAAUAGUUAGUAGAAAAGAAGCGAUUACGAACACACCAACAUAACCUUAGCCCUAGAAAAAAAUGCACCAAAACAAUCUGUGGUAUAUGUAUGUACAUAUGUAUGUACACACAUACUUAUUUAUUUAUAUCAUGUAGAUUGAGCGCAUGACAAAGAGAGUGACAGAGAGAGAGAACCCAGAGAGAGUAAGCUCGUCAGCAUGUGCUUGCUUGCUAUUUUGUUGCUAAUUUUCAUACAAACAGUGCUUAUGGUUAAAAAUAUCACGCAUGGCUGUAUUUCAUAAUGUAAAGGCAAAAUUUAUUAAAAAAAAAACAGUAUAAAACUUAAGUUUGCAUAUUUAACAAAAAAGUGAAAGGAAAGAAGAUCACGGCCAAUAGAAAAGUUCUUUGAGUCGCGAAAUUUGAAGUAAGUAAAAUUCAAUGCCGCAAUGCAAUGCAAAAAUUCAAUCAAGAGCGAUUACGAAUACCAUCGGCCUGGAUUUUCUUACUUUGACAGUCUGAAAUCAUCAAUGGGUUGUAGUCGGAGUUAAAUAGCUCCUGGCAUUGUGUCCAAUUGGAGCUUUGGGUUAGCUUCAUUGAGCAAAUUCAAUUCAAAUACAAUUCAAAUAAUUUACGGUAAGUGAUUAACGAUGACUGCACAGGCGUUUUCCGAUACUAGGCAUCAUUUUCCAUAUCGUUGAACCACUUUUGUAAAUCUUUUUUUUUUAAAUUAAGUAUUCAAAAAUGUCUAUCUAAUACGUGUUCUCACUAGGAAACCUAUAUACAUAUAUGAAAUAAGCUGUGGUACUUUUUUUUGGCAUUUUUUUGUUUUUCAAUAAUUUUAUAUACUAAACAAAAAAUUAGAGGAUAAAUAAAAAAAUAUCUUGUAUUUUAAAACAUUAAACUAUAAUCCUGCGUUUAAAUAAAGUUAAUACCUCUUUUAGUUUGGCCAGUAUACUGAUUCAAAGUUGUCGGUUGGUGGUGGUUGAAAUAAGCUGUGAACCACUGUAUGUAAAUUGCUAGCGCCCAGACGAUUUCGAAAUACGCUGCAAACGGCAUUGAAUUCAAUUCAGUUUCAGAUCGACUGUGGAACGCUGAGCAUGGAUGUGAUUUGUCGUACAGUCUUUUCUUUUGAAUGCGUGGGUGUUUUUACAUUUACCUGCUUGAGCAUAUUCAUAAGCUAAUACAUGAGCUAAUCCCAUCGAAAGUCUCGUGUAUUUUUUAAAUCGAUCUAAAUUUUUUUAACUUUUUGAUCCUUUUCGCUUACUGAUUUUUUUAUUACUUAAAAUGUUGUAUUUUGAACGUACACUUAGUCCUCCACAAAACUUACAAUUGACAUACGAAAAAGAAGAUAAAGCACAUCUACAUCUAGUUAGUGUAUUUAUCGAUUAAGGGAAACAACAGGCAAUCAUUUAAUGUGUGAGCAAUGUUGGGUGAGUGUGUGUGUUUAUGUCCGAGUUCUUCUAAUUGAAGACAUAUUAAUGUCGGCAGCCACGUAUUUGGGGUGUAUAAACAUAUGUACAUAUGUAUGUAUGUAUAUAUCGAUAUUUGUAACACACGCCACGGACGUCCACCUUGACCGGGGCCAUACCGUGGAGAACCGGUCGUCUAACAGUUGCCGUAGGAAUUGUCAUCGAGUAGACAUUCAUCAUAGUAACAGCACUGAACUACUGAACUUGAAUAGCGCAUGUUGUUUUGGUCAUUGUCAAACUUUUUGCCGAAUAGCCCAUCCCGCAGAAAUAACUUAGGCAAUAUUCUGUGUAUUGUGUAUUACAAUGAUGAAGUAAUCAGUCGAAAACUUCAGUUAAAAUUAAUUGAUGGCCGAAAACUAGGAGAGAAAGGAUAUAGACAAAAAAAAUUUAUUGACCAAAUUGAUAACUUUUUACUGGAAACAGAAAGAUAAUUUCAGAAUCAGUCCAUUAAAAUAAUGCGAAACGCUAAUAAGUCGGGUCAAUUAAUGAAUACAGCAUUAAAUAUAAUAUACAUAUGUAUAAAUAUGCGUCACACUUUUAUAUAAAAAAUCGCGAUCACUACCCAUUUCUAAAAUCAAAGCGGUGAGGUACAAAAAAUACAAAAUCCGUAUAGUAAAAACAAAAAAUAAUAUAGUAGAUAUACAUUUAAGAUAUAUUUAACAUUUUGGAAACUGUGUUUCAAGCAGCUCAGACGGGUUUUGUAACGAAAUCACGUUCUUUGCCUAUUUCAAUAACAAUAUUUUGCAAUAUUUUUUAUUUAAAAUUUUAUAUAUAUUAUAGUUUUGCGACUUCACAAUAUUAAUUAAUGCUAUUUCUCUUUACUAGAAAAUUCCUCACACGUAUUCUUUUUAAUUUUUUAAUUAAUCGUCAUGAUGCUUCUAUUCACUUUGCCGAUAUGAGUACGGAAUUAUAGUUUGUCUAUUCUUCCGCAUAUAAAUGCAUGCUAAUUUGACAUCUACAUACAUUUCAAAAUCGGAGUAUCGAUACGUUUAACAAUUUUGUUGUGCUGGGAACUGCGGAACGAAAUGUCGCCGCAAAAAAAUGCUAACCAAUUUCUUUCCACUGAAUUCUAUUAUUUUUAUUAUACACUUUAAGCAUUUAAGUAAUUGAAUUAAAGAAAUUAAUUUCUGUAAUGUUAAUUUCUGUUUGUCAUUCCAAGGGGGGGUCAGAAAUAAGUUGUUAUUAAAAUAAUAACAUCCUUUAUUGAUCUUCUGGCGGUCUUAAAUUAACGUCAAUAAACCAAAUAUACAAUUAACAUAUGUUUACUUUUCAUGUCGGCGAGAAAAACUGGCUUAAGCAUUUGUUUUCAAAACGAAAACCAAAUGUGAAUGUGAAAACUGGAGCCUCGUUGUAAGUUCUAUCUUUGAGAUCUAUGUAGUUUCACACCAACUGGCGGACAUGACUAAAUCUUCUCGGCUACUAGUGUUGA